AUGAGUGAGAAGGAGGAGCGCGAUUUGAUGACCGUCGAUUCCUUCUCACAGCUGCCCUUCAUCGGCGGCCGACUGCCGGCGGCUUCCAAGCUCUCCUCUUCCUCCUCCGGCAUCCGCCUCUUCGGCAUCGAAGUCGCGCGGCAGCCCUCAUUCGACGGCGACGUAGCUGAUGAACGCGCCGGUGCUAAAGGCGGGGGUGGUCCUGAUGGAGGAGCAGACGCCGGCGAGAGUAGUCGUACUGCUACCGCCGCCGCCUUCAGGAAGUUCGAGUGCCACUACUGCGGCCGCCAAUUCCCAACGUCGCAGGCGCUCGGCGGUCACCAGAACGCGCACAAGCGGGAGCGCCAGCACGCAAAGCGCGCACAACUCAACCAGUACUCCGCCGCCUUCUACGGCUUCGGCCACGGCCACCGCCAACUCUACGGCGUCAUGAAUAGCUAUAACCACCAGUACUCUGCGAUCCCGUCGCACGUGUCCGAGGCUAGCUUCUCCGGCAGCUGGCGGCUGGCGGCGCCAGUGGCUCAGCCCAUCAACGGCAGCCCGUUGCCUGGUCGAGGAGGAGUCUCCCCGGCGAUGCCUUUACAGCCUUUAAGAGCAGAAGGAGUAGUAGCAGCAGGUGGAACUAAUAUUUCGACUGCUAUUAUUUCUUCUUCUUCAUCAUCACACCAAUUUAUGAUCCGGAAUUUGAAAGAGAAGGUGAGUCUGGAUUUGCACCUCUGA